AAAAUUAGUCUGACAGUUUUCUAGGACAGAUAUAUUCCGAGCACCUGCUGGAGUUGACACGGAUAAACGAACAUCAUGUUUCGCGAAUGGAUAUUUUCGUUGAUCGUAGCUUCCUGCACCAAAGGUGCUUUAUCGAUUAUCAAGAUACCUCCGUGUAAAAUCGAAGAUCAAGCCUGCAUACAGAAUUCAGUAAACGUCAUAGCCACAAAAAUAAUUCAAGGCAUCCCAGAACUUGGUGUGGAAACUUCUGACCCACUUUUCUUCGAAACAAUCGAAGGAAACCUGUCCAUUUUAAAAUACAAAUUUUUCAACACUACUAUUACUGGUUAUAAGGACUGUACAGUGUCUAAUCUAAAAGUAAGCCCGGAUCUCACAAGCCUGUACUAUGAGCUGAACUGCCCUCGACUGAAGUUGAACGGCAAGUACGACAUUACAGGUCGCCUCAUCAUAUUACCAGUGGAAGGAAAUGGAGACUAUGAAGUGAUUACGGGCAAAUACAGUAUCCUUGUAGACUCUGAGUUAAAAGUACAACGAGGCAGCGACGGGAAAUCAUACUUGUCCAUCAAAAACUUCAAGCUGAAAUGCAAUCCGCUAUCUGCACCUCACUUUGACUUCAAGAAUCUUUUCCAUGGACAAAAGGAUUUCUCGGAUGCGGUCCACAAAUUCGCGCACGAGAACUGGCCAGAAGUGGCUGACCUGGUCCAAGACCCGGUGUUCUACCCCAUCGUCAACAGCGUCAUAAAAAACGUCAACAAAUUUCUCAAAACUGUUCCAUUAGACGACUUUAAACUUAACUAAAAUUAUUUAUAAAGCUAGGCACUGGUGUGGUGGUUAAUAUACAUUUUAAUACAGUUUUUAUUUCAGACAUAUUACAGUCCAUAGAUGUGUUAGUUACACGUUUUUACUUAAGCCUAUACUAGUACCUAUUUCUAGUAUUGUGAGUCAUUACACAUCACAAACAUGUUUUCUAAAAAACUCAUAACUAAUUGGAAAAUGUUUUCAAAAAACAUUUUAAAUUUAAUUAGAAAAUAUAGUUUUGUUUGUGAAUGGUUUGUGACUCAAAGUGGUUAGCGUCCAUUGAGAUUUUUGACUCUAUUAUUUGUAUGGGAUUGCAUAACAGAGAGAGCGCUAUACUAACUUCUUUCCGUGGAUAGGUAUGAUGUCAGUUAUUAUCCACCGAGUUUACUGUAAAGAAUAAAAUAAAACACAAAUAUUAUUAAUUAUAAGAAGGUAAUAUUUUUA